CUCCAGGAAGAGGAACUGAUCUGAACACUGAAGUCAGCUGAUCUGGAGUCAGUCUGUGCUGCUCUUCAUGAUGGUGCCGCGGGUGAGGAAUGAACAUACAAUGUACACAACAGUACACAGGCCUUUAUAACAGCCGCACUAAAAGCAAUCACGUGGAAACAAACCCGGAACCGGGGUCCUCUGUCAGGAACAUGGGAGAGAAUGGUCCUCUCUCUGAGACAGGCAUGCUCUUUGAAGAUGAGGAAGAGGACAUCUACAAACUGGCCAGAGAGGAGGAAGACGAAGACAAGAUGGCCAACUAUGACAAAGACGACAGCAUAAUUUCAGGACCCUCGUCCUCCUCGGGAAGGAUUUAUGAUCGAACCACCGUGCUCAUCGAGCAAGAUCCCAUCCGAUUGGACGAGGAAGGAGAGGAGGAAGGGAUGACAUUUCUGCCAGAGGGAGAGGGCGACGUGGAUGAGGGUUCCCUGGCCUUCAUGGUUGACCCGGAUGGCAUGUCACAGGGCUACAUUCACCACACCAUCUCACCAGACCAGAUCCAGUUCAUCAUUAACCCUGGCUCCACCCCUAUGCCACGAAACAUCGAGGGGGCCACACUGACGCUACAUUCCGAGUGCCCAGAGACCAAGCAGAGACAGGAUGUAACGGCUCUCCUUCUGCAGGAUGUAGUAAAGUGUUCUUCAGUUUCUCGUGUUCAGCAAAUUCUCCAGUCCAGGAAGGAUGUCAAGGAGCUUGAUGAAGGCGAUUGCACGUCCGAAAAUUUGGAGUCGUUUGGCCUUGAACCUUCACCUCAGCCUGCAGAUUCAGACUUGUGUGCCCACCCUGCUUUCCCCCAGCCCCCUCCAUCCACCUCUUCCUCCUCCUGCUCCAUCACAACCCCGGUUUUGGAGACUCAGGCUCCACCUACAGCACUCCCCUCACAGCCAGCCCUGCCUCCCACUGUCAGCAGCUCAUUACUGACGCCGCCUUUCCCCUCGGCCCCGUCCACCUCAUCAAACUCACCAGAAGCGUCUGCUCCAUCUACACCCUCAGUUUCCCAGCACUAUGUGGCAUCGCCCUCCUCGACUCAGCCAGUGCCCCCGCCAAGUGCACCUAGUGUCUGCAGCACGGCGGCCGUGACGACAGAGGUGACGGUGGCAGCAACGCACACAGUGCCUUUGGCUCCUCCUCCUCCCACAAUCACCAUCGCACCAACGCUCGGCCUGCAGCCCAGCAUCGUCAUGUCUGAUCACAACCUGCAGUGGAUCCUCAGCAGUGCCGCCAGUGCACAGCAGAACCCUGAACAACAGGGUCCAAAAGUUGAGAAGGUCUUUUUUACAACAGCCAUACCAGUCGGUGGACAUUCAGGGAACGCAGUGCAGCAGAUCGGUCUCAGUCUGCCGGUUAUCAUCAUAAAGCAGGAGGAGUCGUGCCAGUGUCAGUGUGCCUGUAGGGACUCAGCGAAAGACAGGAGCGCUGCCUCCUCACUGCAGGACUCAAAGAACACUUCACCACCUCCUCCACCUCGUCCUCCCCCUCCCCCUCCUCUUCCCCCAAUCACCCCCGAAGCCUCUCCCUCCUGUUGCCCAUCAAAAAAGAGCCCUAUUGUACCCCACGCACCACCCCUGCCGGACAACCUGUCUACUCCUGUCACCCCUAACCCCACCACUGAAGGACUGGCCAUUGUAGAUGUGUCAGAUCUGCUCAGCCCAGACACCACAGCCAACAUAGAAGCCCUUCUCAUGAUCACAGACGAGUUCUCCAUGGCUGAUGGAGGCAGCAACAACGCCCCCUAGAGUACACUGAGGUUCAGGUCGUGUACGGAUGAGUAGAUCACACUUGUGACCCUGCUAAAGACACACCUCCCCAGGCGUGUCUUUUAGAGGCUUAUUCUGGCAUGCAAAGGCAAAACGCAGUAUCUACAGUAACACUAAAAGUAGAAUAAUGGAUUCAAAGUUUUUGGAUUGCCCAGCCAAAUAUGGAUUAUAAAAUAGCCUCACUCUGUUUUCUCUGAAUCUGAGCCUAGUUGAGCCAAACCCAUUUGUCACAGGACAGAUUAUAAUCCAAGAGAUCAGAUUACGGUCAUCAUUUAAUUUUAACAAAAUGUGUAGUUACUGCAUUUUGCAUUUGCAGGGUAGUAUUGUGAGGCAGCCUCCUUGAACCAAGUAUGAGCGUGUGUUUUGGUGCACUUUCGAGGGAGGGCAGUAUAUUUGCAUUCAGAGCAGUUUAGGGAAAAGUUGUUGAGUUGCUUCCCAUACUUCAUUGUACGGAGCCUUUUAAAGGACAGGGAGUGAAUUUGUUUAUUGAAAUAGUUUGCGAUCCUUUUAAAUUUUGUGAUCCCUCACAAUAUGUUUAUCCAUGCCUUAUGAAAAUGUACCAUUGUUUAUCUACUGUGACUAUGUUUUAGCCAUGAUAUUCAUGUUAAAACUUAGUAGUUUUAUAGGAAAACCAAAACUAUGGUAAUAAAAAUCAUUAUACAUUUUCGUUAGGGAUGAAUGUAAAGGUAUUGUGAGAGAACCCAAAAUAAUUGUGAGGGAGCGUAAAACGUUGCGUGGUAACGCAAACUAUUGCGAGGGAAUGCAAAAAUAUUUCAGAAAAUAAAUUAUCUUCCUGUCCUCUAGGGGGCUCUAUAGCAAGAGUCUCGUUAGCUUUUUAACUUUUUCUUUUCUUUUUUGUUGUUGGUAGAACUAUUUGAAUUGAAAUGAUUCUGGAAGGAUAUGACCACAGGUGUGCACUGGUUACUAUGAAAUGGAUCAAAUUUGCUUAUAGAAAUUAUACAAAAAAAGACGUUUUUUUGCCCGGCCAUAUGCUGUUGUUGAGUUUAUAACUUGAAUUCCAAGAGAUUGAUGGGAAUGCACUGCACAUUUGUUCACUGGUAUGUCUAGGACUUUCAACACAGUUUGUGGGUAAUGAAGUCAUCUACGCAUUGAAACAGAAGUAUUUUAUCUGUAAUUUAUUACAAAAGGCUACAAUAGUCUUGAUAAUGUGAUUUUGAAAUAUUUUAUUUGACAAUUUGUCACUCUAGAUGAACUGAACUUGUCUUUUAAAUGUAAUUUAGGGGUUAGUUUGGAUUAAUUAUAUAUGUUAAUUUAUUAAAAUUCUUAAUUGUUGAUAAAUGAAGCUAUUUUUUCCUACUUAAAAAAAACAAAAAUCUACAAACUAAGCAAGAUUAAGACUAUCUUUUUCGGGGAAUCUCAUGAAGACUAUAAAUUGUGGUCAUAUUCACCCCAAAAUCAAAAAAUACAUUAAUGUUUCCUUAAACAAAAGGAAACCCAUUUUUUUUUCUUCAUGAGUUAAGCACAUUUUUCAAUCUCAUUGUCAAUCUAUCUUAAUACCUAAUACAAAAAAUAUAUAUAAAUAUAUAUAUUAUUUCAAUUGUAAAUAAUUUUGAGAUCAAAGAAGUAUUUGUUGUUUGGGGUAUCAAUUUAAAAACUCUUAAUGGUGAAUCAAAUAUAAUUUAACGGAAACAUUUAUGAAAUUUAAGAUGUUUUUUUUUUUCCUUGUGGUUUAUCUUUUUAAACUCUAUGAAAUCAAAUACUGACAUCUUUCUUUUGCCUUUGUGAAGGGUGUAUGGUUGGGUUUCCUUUCCUGCCUCUCAUUGGUUGUAACAGAUCUGUCUGUUUACUGCUUUUAUUUUCCAUGUCCUGCACCUUUCCUUAAUGAAACCCGCAUGAGUCUCAGUGUGGUGACCUGCUCAGGGAUACAGAGAAACAAGCAGUGGUUCUCUGAAGCUGAUGUUUGUGUCUGCUUCUAUGGGUUCCUGACUAGAUUACUCUGAGCAGCAGAACACAACUAAAUCAGAGAUAACCUGUUGUUAUUAAUCUGCUUGUAGUGCACUACCUAGCCACGGUUCAGCCAACUCAGCGAAUGCCUAAUUACUUGCGUUCGUUUAUAUACCACUGCUGUAUAGAGAUUUUAAGGAGCUAACCAUAAUGUAAAUAUUUAGUACAUUUGAAAUGAUAAAUGUUUAAGCCUUUAGAUUGUAUUUGUAUUUUUGUAUAGAACUAUGAGAAAUCAGACUUUGCGUUCAAGAGGAGUGACGCGACUCUGCACUGCCUUUUACACCAGUGGAUCUCUUAUGUAGUACUGUUCACAUGUUGUUUUCCCACACAGAAGAUGGUGAAUCUCACGAAACUAUCUGGGUCAUAUUUCACCUGCAAUGUGGAAAAACAUUAUCUUCACAAUAAUGCAUAAGUAAUUAUGUAUUUUUUAAAUUGUAAAGUAUUUGUACAUCAUGUAUUUAUUGUACUUAUUUGAAUUUAGGAUGAUUUUUUCAUUAAUGUAUUACAGUAAUUAGAAUAAGAAUUCUACAUAUUACAGUAAUUUUUAUGGAAUUUGGAGGUGGUGCUCACUGUAAUAAUAAUGUUGAAAGUAAUGUCACAGCCCAUAAAAUAUUACUGUAAUUAGAGUAAUAUGGCAAUGCAUAAAAUAUUACUGUAAUUAUCGAGAAUUUAACAAUGCAUAAAAUAUUACUGUAAUUAGAGUAAUGUGGCAAUGCAUAAAAUAUUACUGUAAUUAUCAAGUAAUGUCACAACCCAUAAACUAUUACCGUAAUUAUCAAGUAAUGUCACAGCCCAUUAAAUAUUACUGUAAUUAGAGUAAUGUGGCAAUGCAUAAAAUAUUACUGUAAUUAUCAAUUAAUUUACAAUGCAUAAAAUAUUACCGUAAUUAUCAAGUAAUGUCACAGCCCAUAAAAUAUUACUGUAAUUAGAGUAAUGUGGCAAUGCAUAAAAUAUUACCGUAAUUAUCAAGUAAUGUCACAGCCCAUAAAAUAUUACUGUAUUUAGAGUAAUGUGGCAAUGCAUAAAAUAUUACCGUAAUUAUCAAGUAAUGUCACAACCCAUAAAAUAUUACCGUAAUUAUCAAGUAAUGUCACAGCCCAUAAAAUAUUACCGUAAUUAUCAAGUAAUGUCACAACCCAUAAAAUAUUAACCUAAUUAUUGAGAUUACCGUAAUUAUCAAGUAAUGUGGCAAUGCAUAAAAUAUUACUGUAAUUUAGUUAUUUCGUAAAUAACGUCACAUGUAAAAUAUUACCCUAAUUAUCAAGUAAUGUGGCAGUGCAUAAAAUAUUACCGUAAUUAUCGAAUAUGGUUGCAUUGCUUAAAAUAUUAAUGUAAUGUAUCAUUGCAUAAUAUUUUACCAUAAUUAUCAAUAAUAUUGAAAGAAAUGUGGCAAUGCAUAAAAUAUUACCAUAAUUAUCUAGUAGUUUUGUAAGUAAUGUCACAACAUAUAAAAUAUUAACCUAAUUAUUGAGAUUACCGUAAUGAUCAAGUAAUGUGGCAAUGCCUCAAAUAUUACCAUAAUACUGAGUAAUGUCGCACUGCAUAAAUUAUUACCAUAAUUACCAAGUACUAUUGAAAGAAAUGUGGCAAUGCAUAAAAUAUUACCAUAAUUAUCUAGUAGUUUAGUAAGUAAUGUCACAACAAAUAAAAUAUUUACCUAAUUAUUGAGAUUACCAUAAUUGUCAAGUAAUGUCGCAAUGCAUAAAGUAUUAUAGUAAUUAUCAAGUAAUGUUGAAAGUAAUGUGGUAGUGCAUAAAAUAUAACAGUAAUGGAGGAAAGUUGAAAGUAAUGACACAAAAUGACCCAGACAUUUCUUCAUGAGGUUCACUGAAAUGGACUCGUUUAGGACAAAAAUGGCCUUACACCACUUACAGUCACAUAUUCAAAGUUAUUUAACCUCAGAUAUGUAGAUCUUUGAUUUUCCACCUCAUUUCAUGUUCGUCGCUGUUUCAGAUAUAUCCUAAAAUUUGAAUAGACAUGAAUGUUUUUAUUUGGUCUGAUAUUAAGAGAGCCUUUGUCCUGUCUAGUGCCAAGUAUACAUGAGUUGUCUUUGUUUCUCAGUGAAGACCUCACUUAUGGUACGUUACUCCAGUAGGUCAUCAUACAAUCUGUGAAUACAUCUCUCCCUCAAAAUUCAUGUUUUGUUUCAAAAUAACAGCUGAAUGUAUGUUGAUCUGUUGUGUACAGUAGCUUUGAUAUUUAUCCAUUAUAUGUGUUUUUUUUUUUUUCUCAAACUGAGAACUGAGUACUGGAACAUUGUAAUCCUUAUAGCUUGAAUAACACAACUAUUUCCCCUAAACUAAUUAAACAUUCAUUUCAAAUGAGAUGGCACUUAUGUGGAGUCUGGCCAAUUUAUACCAUCAAAACAUAAAUUAUAAUGUAUAUCAUCUUUUUUUUUUCACAUUUCAUGUAGUUUGGAGUAGUUACAUGAUGUAACGUUAGUAUGCUAUUUUUUGUUUUAUUAUUAGCAACUUUUUAUUCACCACCUAAACUUCACUUUAACAGCAAGUAACUAUGCAAUGUGUCAUAGAGCUUCAAGAAUACAGGAAAUAAACAUCCACUCAGCCACACUUUACCUCCCUUUGUACAUAUCCACAAGCAAAUUAUCAAUUCUUAUAUUUUUAUCAUAUGCAAAUUAUUAGAGCAAAACUGUUGUGUCCUAUUGCAAUGAAUUAUGUUAACUUUACAAGCAUUUUUUUGCUUUUUAUCUUAAAAUUGUCUAAGCUGUCUGUUUUUUACGCUCACCUAUCAUACUGUUGUAUGUACGGUUAUGUUUGAUGUGAUUUAAUGUGUUGCGUUUCAUCACGUAUCUGGGCAUUGCAAUGUUAUGUAUUUUCCUGUUGAAAAUUAUUGCUGCUUCAACUUUUUUUAAAUUGACCCCAUGUAGGUUUUGUUUAAAACAACAGGCUGAAAAUCAUUGUUGUUUUUUCCACUAUAGUCAAUGCAUUCGGUAUCAUGAACUAACAUUGUUGUUGUUGUUUUUUUACAGCAUUUAUUAAUCUUGGUAAUGCAUGUUAAUAGAAAUACAAAAGUUCUAUGUUUGUUUAUAGUGAAUAACUUUUGAUUAAAAAAAUUAUUUAAUAAUUGUUGAAAUUAACAUUAACCAAGAUUAAUAGAUGCUGUAGAAAGUAUGGGUUAUUGUUGGUUCAUUUUAACAAAUGGAACCCAAUUGUAAAGUGGUACCAAAAUGUUUGCUUUUGCAAAUGUAACUUUUGGGCUUUCCGUGUUUAUUUCCAGUCAUUCCACCUUAGUCAGGUGCCAUAAUCAUUCUAUAACGUUUUUAGUUCACAGUUGGGUCUUUUGAAGGCAUUGUAACAAAAUUUUAAUUUGAUCUGUGAAACUAACAGAUGUGGGUCCUUUUCAAGGUAACUGUACUUGUUUGCCUUAUAUGAUGAUAUUUAUUAUGAAAUUCUGGUUUAGGCAGCAUUAAAAGGACAGACAUUUGGAAAAUAAUAAUAAUAAAAAUGUAUGACUGGCAUGUUAGUUGAGUCUCAAAAACAGAUGAGGUAGAGAAAACGAAAUGCUUCCAUGAGGACUGCUUUUGAUACCCAAAGUGUGAGGAAACUGUUAAUGUAAAGAUCUGUAUUUUUAAAGAAUGUAUAAUGUGAAAAUUCUCAUAUGCUUGUUUUGUACAAAGUAUGGCAAAGUAAUAACUUUUUGAAUCAAAAAGCAAUACAGUACCAG